AUGUAUCAGGCAGGCUUGAUCGUGGAUGUAGUGGACCACAACCAGCGGAUCUCUGCCUGUGGGCGAAGCCAAAGGUGGAGAGGCGCCAUACACCUUCUAGAAGCCCUUCAGCCGAAGCUGCGAGCCAGCAUCAUCACUUUCAACGCAGCAGUGGCUGCGUUUUCACGUGAGAACUGGCAAAGGGCCUUCGACUUGCACAAGCAAUUGCUGCAGAUGUGUGCGAAGCAGGAUGUGAUCACGCUGAACACCUCCGGACAAGCAUUGCAAGCAGAUCAAUGGCAGACUGUCUUCAAUCUGAUGGAGACUGUAUGUAGAGCAAACAUCAGGCUCAGUCAGACAAGCUUUGGAAUUGUCAUCAACACUUGCAAAGGUAGUGAAAACUGGGAGCUGGCAAUUGGUGCACUCAGCCAAAUGCAGAGGACUGCUUUGCAAAGCAACGAGAUCGUCUGGAGCUCCUUGUUACAUUCCGUGGUGUGGGAGACUGCAUUGGCCAUCAUGGAAGCUGCUUCUAAAAGCACGCGACCGAACCUUGUUUGCUUUAGCUCCCUGAGCAGCACACUGGACAGGAAAGCCACCUGGAAGAGAUCCUUGUCGUUGCUUGACGCUGUCCUGGGGCGGCAUCUGCAGCUUGGGAACAGUUUUCUGCACAAUACCGCCUGCAGCUCCUGCGCCAGGGUGGCACGAUGGGAACAUGCCGUCGAGGCGCAAGCAGAUAUCGUGAAACAUAGUUUACAGCUCGACAUCGUGGGUUUCACAGCGGCGAUGAGCGCAGUUGAUGCACCGAGCUGGCGACAUAUACUAGUUCUGCUGAAGACUGCGUACAAGUCUGGCAUCGAAUCCAACAGUCUAGCGUUCAAUGCUGCUGGUGAUGGCCUUGCAAAAAGUCGACACUGGGACUCUGCAUUUUCCCUGUUGGACGUGAUGCAUACCCUUCGCAUGGAGAUGGAUGUGUUCACAUGGAGCCUAGUGUGGACCGGAUAUCGUCUCUCCGGCAGGUUGGCCACAGGCUUCCUGCUGCGAUGCCUGCACAGCGAUUUGAAGCCAAACAGGGUCUUGCUGUCAAGCGCGAUCACGUUAUGCAAAGAAUGCUACCAGUGGACAUCGGCAUUGGACAUUCUGAGCUCCAUGCGAACGGCCAAUGCACGGCCCGAUCUGAUAAGUCACAGUGAUGCUAUCGGGGCAUGUUGCGUGCCUUCUUGGCAGGUUGCGCUCAGCUUGUGGCUGCAGAUGCCUGCUCAGCUGGUGGAAACAGAUGUGGCUUGCACUGCCCAGAUAUUGGAGGCUGCCGUUCAGCAGCAAUCCUCCUGUGCUCCAGAGCUUGCUGACAAGCUUGAUACCUGCGCAACCUCGCAGUAUGCAGCAUCGCGGGCGCUGGAGUCCGCUGGCAUUCCUGAGGACCAGCUCGGUGCGCAUCGGCGCUUGCUGCGGAGACUGCAGAGACAGGGUGGUGUUGCUGGCGCAAGCGACACCGACGAGGUGCAGCUAGAUCUUGGAUUCCUGUCAGGCUCAGGCGGCUCAGGCUCGCUACAGCCCGAGGAACACGCAGCAUCGUUGUCACGUGAAGCUUGCCGGAUUGAAGGCAACAAGGUGGAAGUGGCCACGAUGACAGAGCAUGUUCCCGAGCCUGAGGUAGCGAACUGCUCCAGCCCUAGCGACUGCGGCUACAGGGAAGGCUGGCCUUCAGACGAUCCAGAACGUAGGAGACACGACCAGUAA